AUGGUAUUAACACGUCAGGAAAGAUCUCCCGUUGCAUUCGACAACAGUUUCCCCACGACUCAGCUAUUCUUACUUGCAAUAUGUCGCGUGGCCGAGCCAAUCGCCCUCACCUCUAUCUUCCCUUACUCGUGGGUGAUGGUCAAGGAUUUCCACAUGGCUAGUGGGGCAGAUGCCUCCUUCUACGCUGGGAUUUUGAUUUCCGCUUUUUCGCUUGCCGAGGCUAUCACCGGCAUGUUCUGGGGAAGUCUCUCCGAUCGCGUUGGUCGCAAACCCGUUCUGUUGUCCGGCUGUUUCGGUACCAUGCUCUCUCUGAUCAUGGUAGGCGUGGCUCCUAAUUUCUGGGUUGCGCUUCUAGGCCGUGCUCUCGGGGGCGCUCUGAACGGCAAUAUCGGCGUGAUCCAAACCAUGGUAGGAGAGCUAGUUAAAAGGCCCGAGCAUGAGCCUCGCGCAUAUGCCGUGAUGCCAUUCGUAUGGUCAAUCGGCACUAUCAUCGGACCUGCCAUUGGUGGCCUCCUGGCAAGACCAUCAGAUAGUUUGCCUACUGUGUUUCCUCGAGAUGGCCUAUUCGGACGCUUCCCUUACUUGCUUCCCAACUUGGUUUGCUCCUUUCUCCUUCUCUUGAGUAUCGUUGGGGGCUGGUUCUUCCUACAUGAAACACAUCCAGAUAUGCAAUCUGGUGACCACCAUCAGCGCUAUCUGGAUCAUCCUACGGUAGAGCAGCCUCUCCUUGCCACGUCUGGAGCGACCGCCAAUGCCGGCGUCGACCUCCGAGCCGAGUCUUACGGUACCUUUAAUCAAGUGAAUCUGUAUGAAGAAGAGCGCUGGGACGUUCAGAUGAACGGUGCUUAUCCCGUCUGGAAGCAAUCAGCGAAGCCCAAAGCCUUUACAUGGCAAAUUGUCAUGCUCGUGAUUGCUUUAUCAAUCUUUACAUAUCACUCUAUGACUUACGAUCAUCUUCUGCCAAUCUUUCUUCAAGACAAAAGCUCAUUUUCCAGCCCCUCCUCUCCAUUUGAUAUUCCUGGCGGUGUCGGUCUUUCUACUCGGACCGUGGGUGUUAUCAUGUCUACUGAUGGUAUCAUUGCACUGGUUAUACAGAGUCUUAUCUUCCCUGCUCUUGCUCAAUGGCUGGGUGUGUGGAAGCUAUUUCUUAUGGUGACCAUACUUCAUCCAGUCGCAUACUUUAUGGUCCCUUUCCUGGUGUUCCUCCCUCAGAACCUGGUCUACCUUGGGAUCUACGCGUGCCUGAUUGUCCGCAAUAUUCUCUCCAUUAUCGACUACCCAGUCCUCUUGAUCCUCAUCAAGCAAGCGAGUCCCUCUGACUCUGUGAUGGGUAAAAUAAAUGGUCUUGCCGCUUCUGCAGGGGCUGCUGCCCGAAACGGCUUCCUGUACAGCUCUGGUGCUGAUAUGGGAUGUACUGCUUUGGCUUGGUGGGGAAGUACACUGGUAGCUCUCAUCGGGGCAUUCCAGGUUUGUUUCAUCCAGCGGGACAAAUAUUCAUCGGCCACUGUGCAGUCUGCUAUGCCCUGCCAUUACUCCCCAAUCCCUGAGCAACCGAAAGAAACAGUUCAUAUCGUCGUGACGGACGAAGCUGGAGCUUCCGCAUCCGAGUGA